AUAUAUAAGUGGCAUAAAAAGACAGAAAUGACACGACUUAGACUUCAGCAAAACAUUCUGAAACCCCAGAAGUCAACAUGGUUGCGUGGACAGAUUUCGAGCGUACUACCAUCCAGGACAUCUUUUCCAAGAUCGAUUACGAGUCUGCUGGUCUCCAGGCACUGACAAGAUGUCUGGUCGUGUACCCAUGGACCCAGAGGUAUUUCAGUAAAUUUGGAAACCUGUAUAACGCCGCUGCCAUCGCAGGAAAUCCCAAUGUUGCUGCCCACGGCUUGACUGUAAUGCGUGGUCUGGAGAAAGCUGUGAAGAACCUGGACAACAUUAAGGGCACUUACGCUGAACUGAGUGUGCUGCACUCUGAAAAACUGCAUGUGGAUCCCGAUAACUUCAGGCUGCUGGCUGACUGCAUCACCAUUGUAGUUGCCUCGACCCUGGGUGCUGGCUUCACAGCUGAAGUGCAGGCAGCUCUGCAGAAGUUCCUGGCUGUCGGAGUCUCCGCACUGGGAAAACAGUACCAUUAAAUGCUGAAUAUGAAACGAACAAAUUAUUUCCGUGUUAAAUCUGACCCUGUACAUGUGAAUGCAAAUAAAUUUCAACAUAAAAUAA